AUGGAGGAAUUUGAUGUCGUCAUUGUUGGAGCUGGAAUUUCUGGAAUAAAUACAGCAUAUAGAGUGCAAACCGAGCUCCCAUCGUCCCGUUAUGUGAUUCUCGACGCGCGGGAGGACAUCGGAGGAACAUGGAGCUUCUUCCGCUACCCGGGGAUCCGGUCGGACUCUGAUUUGUAUAGCUUCGGCUUUGCGUGGAAACCAUGGACGGCAGGCAAAGCGAUCGCAGCAGCUCCGUUGAUCAUGAAUUAUCUUCGUGAAGCUGUAUCUGAAACGGGAAUCGAUCAACACAUUCGUUUUAAGCAUCGUGUCUCUGCUGCCGAUUGGUCGAUCAAAGAGCAAUGCUGGCAGAUUUCGGUGACAGAUACUGAUGGAAGCCCCAUACAGUUCAAGUCCAAGUUCAUCGUCUUGGGAACUGGUUAUUACGAUUACGAGAAAGGGCUUUCCGCCUCGAUCCCCGGGAUUGACAACUUUGGGGGUCCCGUUGUACACCCUCAAUUCUGGCCUGAGGACUUUGAUUAUUCGGACAAGAAUAUCGUUCUUAUUGGAAGCGGUGCGACCGCAGUUACCCUCCUACCGAACCUGGCUAAAAAGGCCGCCUAUGUCACAAUGCUGCAACGCAGCCCAACAUACAUCGUGAAAGUCGACAACAAAAAGUCUUCAAGCUGGGGUAUUCUACCUCAACACCUCUCCCUCCAACUAACCCGCCUCUUCCAUAUUACAAUCGGUAUUCUCUUCUAUAAUUUCUGUCGACUCUUCCCAUCUCGAGCCCGGAAUCUCCUUCAGUCUGGCGUGGCAAAGCAGCUCCCAACAACAGUCCCCAUGGAUCCGCACUUCACACCAACCUAUCGACCUUGGGACCAGCGCGUCUGCUUUACGCCCGAUGGAGACUUUUUCGAAGCUAUCAAAGAAGGCAAAGCCAACGUCGCAACUGGAACAAUUCGCGAAGUUGUCGAAGACGGCGUGAUCCUACAAUCUGGCGAGAAAUUAGACGCCGACGCUCUUGUCACUGCAACAGGACUCAAAAUCCAAGCCAUGGGCGGUAUUUGCAUCAGCGUGGACGGCGAGAAAAUUGAUAUUGGCGAGAAAUACGCCUGGAACAAUGCAAUGAUCCAGGACAUACCGAACUUCUUCUUUGUGGUCGGGUAUAUCAAUGCGUCCUGGACACUGGGUGCCGAUGCUACUGCAAAGUUGUUUUGUCGAUUGGUCAAGUAUAUGCAACGUCAGGGUUACCAAAGUGCUGUUGCAGGAGGGGUCGAUGCCAAAACGAUAGGCUAUCGUCCGCUGCUGGGAUUGACGUCGACGUAUGUGACGCGUGGGGGCAGUGAGCUGCCUAAAUGUGGGAAUUCGGGCCCUUGGCUACCGCGUACGAAUUACUUUUUUGAUCUUUAUAAAGCUGUCAUGGGCAACAUUACGACUGGGUUGGCUUUCAGUUAG